AUGUUGGAGCAACUACUCAUCUUCACAAGAGGAGGCCUAAUCCUCUGGACGUGCAAGGAGCUCGGAAAUGCACUCAAAGGCUCACCCAUCGACACUCUCAUUCGGUCCUGCCUUCUCGAGGAGCGUUCGGGCGCAGCCUCAUACAACUAUGAUGCCCCUGGGGCUUCGUACACCCUCAAGUGGACCUUCCACAAUGAGCUAGGCCUCGUGUUUGUUGCCGUGUACCAGCGGAUCCUCCACCUCCUCUACGUGGAUGACCUUCUUGCUAUGGUGAAAAAAGAAUUUUCCGAUAUUUACGACCCCAAACGGACCUCGUACGCGAACUUUGACGAUAUUUUCCAGCAGCUGAAGAAGGAAGCCGAGGCCCGUGCGGAGGAGAUGAAGAAGUCUAAACAAGUGGCCAAGCCCUCAAACAACAAUAAUCUCGGCAGGAAACAGGCACGAGUGGCCAACGGCAUGUUCGAUGGAGGCAAUCAAAAAAAGAAUGGGAAUGAGUCCGGUAAAGAUGGUGAUGCCUUAGAUCGUUCGCUAGAAAAUGGUAGCCUUAGGAAGAAUAUUAGUAACAGCGGUACAGGAAAAGGGGAAGUGAUUAGCUCGAAUGGGAAGGAAAAUGGUUCCUCGAACAACGGGGCUUUUGAUGUGAGCAAACUGCAGAAGCUGAGGUCGAAAGGCGGGAAGAAGAGCGAGGCCACAGUUGGAAAGGUCCCUAAGGUGGAGCCGAAGAAGGUGACGAAAAAAAAUAGGGUUUGGGAUGAUUCGCCUAAGGAGACAAAGCUCGAUUAUACAGAUGGGACCGAUGAGGAUGGGGAGCAGAACGUGUCGAGUGUGGUGGAAAAUGUAGGAGAGAGUAUGAUGGAUAAAGAGGAUAUUGUUAGCAGUGAUAGCGAGUCUGAGGAGGAGGAUGUGGGAAAGGAUGGUAGGCAGGAUGGGAAGAAGAAAGGGUGGUUCUCGUCCAUGUUCCAGAGUAUUGCUGGGAAAGCAAACUUGGAGAAAUCUGACCUAGAACCAGCUCUCAAAGCUCUCAAGGACAGGCUCAUGACCAAGAAUGUGGCAGAAGAAAUAGCUGAAAAACUUUGCGAUUCAGUAGCUGCAAGUCUUGAGGGCAAGAAGCUAGCCUCUUUUACCAGAAUUUCUUCAACUGUUCAGGCUGCCAUGGAAGAUGCCCUUGUCCGUAUCUUAACUCCAAGACGCUCCAUUGACAUUCUUAGAGAUGUCCAUGCUGCCAAGGAGCAAGGAAAACCCUACGUCGUGGUUUUUGUUGGAGUUAAUGGAGUUGGUAAAUCCACCAAUCUUGCUAAGGUUGCUUACUGGCUUCUUCAGCACAAUAUCAAUGUCAUGAUGGCUGCUUGCGACACUUUCAGAUCAGGUGCAGUCGAGCAGCUGCGUACUCAUGCACGAAGGCUCCAGAUCCCGAUAUUCGAGAAGGGUUAUGAGAAAGAUCCCGCAAUUGUGGCAAAAGAGGCCAUCCAAGAGGCCACUCGAAAUGGAUCGGAUGUUGUUCUGGUCGAUACAGCUGGAAGAAUGCAGGAUAAUGACCCAUUGAUGCGAGCUCUGUCGAAGCUUAUAUAUGUGAACAAUCCGGACCUCGUUUUGUUUGUUGGCGAGGCACUCGUGGGGAAUGAUGCUGUGGAUCAAUUGUCCAAGUUCAAUCAGAAACUAGGCGACCUAUCUCCCUCUCCCAAUCCUAGGUUGAUUGAUGGAAUCCUCUUGACUAAAUUCGAUACUAUCGAUGACAAGGUGGGAGCUGCAUUGUCAAUGGUAUACAUAUCGGGAGCACCUGUAAUGUUUGUCGGGUGCGGGCAGUCGUAUACCGACUUGAAGAAGCUUAACGUCAAGUCUAUAGUCAAGACUCUCCUCAAAUAA